CGCAGGGAACAUGAUCAUGCAGAGGCGGACACUCGCUCUCGUCACUGGGACUGCGAGUGAGGCUCUCAGACUGAGAAAAGCUCGAAGAUGCAGAUGCCGAGGCUGAAGGCCGAUUCUUCCGUCCCCCGCCGCAUCGUCGAAGCUUUCGUCGGCUUCCUCUCCAAUGUUGAGCCUGCCCUGGGGGCUGAUCCUGGAGGUCUCGAGGUUGCCAGAGAAUGUCUCAGAGAUGUGUUUAAGCUUGACUCUUCUUCAACCAACAGUUCAGUUGGAUUGGAAUUGAUGGACUACUUUGAGUCUCUUCAACCCACGGAGCAGAGGGAGAAUCGAGAGGAAGGUUCAUCCUCUUCUCGGGUGGUUCUGGUGGACGUUCCUUGGCGUCUAUAUGCUCAUAUCAAGCAAAAAGCUUAUCCUGAGCAGGGUGAGGAUUCAACAGAAAAACCAGUUGACAAUGGUUUACUUAGACAAGAGCUAUGCCAGAGAUUCCGUCAUUCUCUUGAGAAUCAGGACCACGUGGCCAUUAACUAUGAUAUGCUUCAUGAUGUACUUCCACCGGAGAAAGCAAAUCAAAUAGUAGAGAAAACUACAGCGGAUAUGAUGAAUGCUGGAUGCCAGAAGGUGCACAAUGAAAAUACUGCUGAGACCUUGAAAUCUAAAGGCAACAAGGCUAUGGAGUCAAUGCGAUACAAUGCUGCAAUUGACUUAUAUACAGUUGCCACUGCACUUUCCUCAAAUAAUCCAAUUUAUUACUGUAACAGGGCAGCUGCUUACACUCUGAUCAACAAAUAUGAUGAAGCUAUUGAAGACUGUCUUCGUGCCGUUAAGCUUGAUCCCACCUAUUGGAAGGCAUAUAGUCGUCUUGGCACAGCAUACUAUGCCCUGGGAAAGUAUCACAAUGCUAUUGAGGAGGGGUAUAGAAAAGCCUUGGAGCUGAAUCCACACAAUGCCUCUAUCAAAGAGAAGAUUCAGCAGGCUGCUGAGCAGAAACUCGAAGAUGAACUUCUCCAGAGAGAAGACCAAGUAAACCCGAACUCGAGUGAAGGACCUGAUGUUGACCAAUCUGCUGCUGAUGGAUCAAAACUGAGUCAAUCUGCUCACGGAUAGAAGCUCUUGCUGGUUAGGAAAAAGAGAAAAUGGCACUGCACAUAUUAUCAAAUCUAACGUAGUUAGCCCGGACUACUAGGAGCGUUUGUGCAUAGCUAAAGGCUUGUCGGUUACUUCAACUAACUGUGGAGAGUGGUUCGAUCGAGUAGACUACAAGGAAUUCAAGCUGGUGACCCGAGCCGUUAUUGGUGAUGUGAAUUUCUAAGAGUUCCAUCAGAUUUUUCUGAUUCGUGUUUGAUUAAGUGAAGGCUGAACCUGCGGAAUUAAAUCCUA